AUGGGCGCCCCUCUUCUCUUGUGGGACAACUUUUGUUGGCCCAAUGCAAGCCUUUAGAUUUUUUUGUCCUUAUCGAUAAGUAAUUUUUUCUGUAUCUGUUCUUCCCCUUCCAUAUCGGAUUUUGGUACCCUUGCGAGUCCCCAUCAACGCGUCGAUAUGCGCCGCAAAAAGCUACGCGUAGUCAACGUCCGCGCCAGGCGUCCGCUUGAGCGGAAAUGGCCACCCAACCGACAGAUCUUGCUGGAAUCAUUCCUCGACUACACCUUGCCGUUCGCGACCGUUGACCACUCCCCGACCAAGAGAAUAUGCGACCGUCGCGCCGCUUUCGAUGCCAAAUCCCAGAUUGCGUGUCCCAUAUCGAUAAGUGAGGAUCGCCACGUUGCGCUUAGUCAUUUGGAACCUCUAGAUCCCAAGGCUAUGUUCGUUGCUACGACCGACAAGACGACCAACCUUGCGCACGGAAGCUCUGCAACUGUGUUUGAGAAUAAGAAGUUACCUGAGAUUGAAAGCAGUGUCGUGCCGCCAGCCAGAGAUAGAACUGUCACAAUUGAGGCACGAAAGGACGGUGAUAUUAACCACACUAGUAGCAGACCAUAUGUUUAG